ACGGACCUACACUGGUGCACCACUUCUUUUUCCGUACACUCGCACUCACCUGCUUUCUAAAUACCGUGUGUCACAUUUUUCUGCGACUGGAAGCCAGAGCCCUAGAGGAUUCGUAAUCGGACUUCCGGCGCCGCCGGAUUCUACGCGAAGGCGUUCCCUUUAAGGUGUGAUUGCUUGGCCUGGAAAUGAGCAGUAUGCAGGAUUCAGAUGUUGAUGAUGAUUUUAGUGAUAUAUACAAGGAGUAUACUGGCCCUCUUGGAUCUACUGCUGCUCCCAAGACGGAGGAAAAACCAAUAUCAAACAAAAGGCCCCAAACUGGUUCUGAUGAGGAAGAAGAGGCUCUUGACCCAAAUGCUGUUCCUACUGAUUUUACUAGCCGAGAAGCAAAGGUAUGGGAAGCUAAAUCCAAAGCAACCGAGAGAAACUGGAAGAAAAGGAAGGAGGAAGAGUUUAUUUGUAAACUAUGUGGAGAGUCAGGACACUUUACACAGGGCUGUCCUUCAACUCUUGGAGCUAAUAGGAAGUCUCAAGAUUUUUUCGAAAGAGUGCCUGCCAGAGAAAAUCACGUGAAAGCCUUGUUCACUGAGAAAGUGGUGACUCAGAUUGAGAAGGAUAUUGGAUGCAAGAUUAAAAUUGAGGAAAAAUUUAUUAUUGUCAGUGGGAAGGAUAGGUUGAUCUUGAAGAAGGGUGUGGAUGCAGUUCACAAAGUCAAAGAAGACGGUGAGAAAAAAUCCCUUCCCAAUUCUAACGUUUCCAGGUCCAGGACACCUCCUGAGCGCAGGAGCCCAGUUAGUACUCGUUUGGUACACUCUGGUCAACAAAGAUUGAAUCAAAGCCCACAUAGAGCCUCACAGUUUGAUGUCAGGCGUGCAAGACAAGAGAAGAUAAUUGGUGACAGGUUUCAUGAAGAUUUGCAGAACAUCUCCAGGGGUUCUCCCCAAACAAGAGGUAAGUUCUUCUGUCCAAGAUUUCUGUUCGAUUCUGAUGUAACUUACAUGGGGGUCUGAUAUUAAAGCUUAUAAUAGUGAUGGAGCUAGAGGACGUUCAAGCCAGUCAAGGUCUCCGGGACGGAGGUCUUUUUGGGAUCGACGUAGUCAGAGUAGGGAUGCCUACACAAAUAGUGAUGGAUGGAAUGGUGAGCCACGAGUGUCUGACAUGGAAUGUGGCCAUAAUGUUCAAUACCCAGCUUUUCUGCAGACAUUGGAAGAAAUAGAGCUGGAAUACAAGAGAGAUGCUGAUGAACUCGGAAGGAUUCGGGACAAGGAAGAAGAUGAAGAGAAUCACAAGCAUCGUGAGGCUGUCCGGCAAAUAAGGGAGAAUUACAUGAAAAAUAUGACUUUCCUCAAAGGGGCAUAUGCCAAGCAAAGAGAAGAGUUGAUUCAAAUUGAUGGCCAAAGAAGAAUGCAACCGUCUACUAAUCUUCAAAAUAUGAAUGCUUCUGGAUUUGGUCAUCCAUACAAUCAAUCUGUUUUUACAGAGUAUUCAAAUCCUGCAGGAAACACGCAUUAUUCUGAAUCCAUUUUGCCCACAGAUUCCAGGAGCAGGUAUCCAAAUCCCAUGGAAGGUUAUCCUCCAUCAAGGCCCCAUGAUAGCUUUGGUGAUUUUCGUCAGAGACGCAAUGAUUAUGGGAAAUCAUUUAAUCGGUUCUAAAAUCAUAGUUUGAAGUUCCCACAUGGAUCCAGUGAGGGGCAGAGUAUGAAGAAGAAUCUACCAGUAUGGCUGUAUGGGCAAGUGUUUUUUAUCUAUACAACUUGUGUACCUUGAGGAAGUAGAUGGUAUGAACAUUGGCUUUUUCUGGGAAAUUUGGUUGUUAAUUAACGCAGACAGUAGUACAACAUCAUGUUAAUUUUCAGUUUGGGGUUAUGCUUGCAGUUUGUCAUAUGAUGAUGAUGAUGAUGUUGUUUUAACAUUGACAUGAAACACCUUCAUUGUGCGUAUUGCCUUAUGUUAAUUCAUGUCUCGCCAACUACUCCCUAAUUUUCUAGGUCCAUUUGUGAGCUUGUAAGGAUUCAUAGUCCAGAAAGGACGGAUAUGAGCUUGUUCUUGGUCUACUUUUAUGUCAGAU